ACGGCUUUGGCAGUUGAGUCAUUCCGUGCUCUCCUUAGCGCGACACCUUCAAUCCCCCCUAAUGUGCCCCAGAUUGAGCUAUAUGGUGGUGGGUAUAUGUAGAUAUAAAUGUAGACCCGUACCUCUCCCCUGUUGGGCUUUUUAUAAGCUGACGUGUGCGUUUAUUUAGAUAACGAGGUGCGGUUACAUGGGUUACCUCUUAUUCGCUAGACAUUGAGAAUAUUGAUAGGCCAGGGUUCCAACAGACCGUAAACAGACCGCCUUUCUUGAACAGGAGGACAACCGUAGUGAGGACUGCCUGUACGUGAACGUGUGGCAGUCCCACUCUCAACCACAGGGUGACGCUGUUAUGGUGUGGAUCCAUGGGGGCGGGUUCAUAGUAGGUUCUGCCACCAAGUGGGGUAUGGAGGGACAGUUUCUGGCAGCCACCGAGCACAUUCUGGUCGUGAGCAUGAACUACCGACUGGGGGCCCUGGGGUUCCUGGCGCUCGGGACGGACGAUGCCCCGGGGAACAUGGGACUGCUGGACCAGAAGCUGGCCUUACAGUGGGUACAGGACAACAUAGAGAGGUUCGGAGGGAACCCGGACAGGGUGACUAUUUUUGGAAGCAGUGCAGGAGGCGCCAGUGCGCACUUCCAUCUCCUGUCCCCCUCCAGCAGUGGUCUGUUCCGACGAGCCAUCCUGCAGAGCGGGGCGGCCUUCUCCAACUGGGCCCUGACACCGAGGGACGUCGCCAUGACCCGAGGGCGCGCCCUCGCCUCCGCCCUGGGCUGUCGGCAGCCCGAGGUCCGGGACAUGGUGGCGUGUCUGCGCACUUCGUCUGCGGAGGACAUUGUGGACAACCAGCGUGAAGGGUUUCUGGACUUCAGUUUUACCCCGGUGGUUGAUGGGAACUUUCUGUCCUCUGACCCGUCUGAUCUCACAGUCCAACGUUCUUCUCCUACUGUUGACGUCAUGGCUGGCUUCACAUCAAACGAAGCCUCAUACUUUCUAGUCCGGCAACCAUCGCUGGGAUUCAGCGCUUCAACUAACAGUUUCAUCAACAAAACCCAGUACAUCAACACUAUCCGAGCGCUCCUGCCGACGCUGAAUGAUUUCGGAGUUGACGCCGUGACGUUUGAGUACACGGACUGGAGAGGCCUGGAGAACCCGGCAGUGUACCGGGACGCCGCGGAGAACAUGGUCGGGGAUUACUCCUUUAAGUGCCCGGUGAUAGAAGCCAGCCUUGCACGUGCUCGUGUCGGCGGGAAGGUGUACAUGUACCAGUUUAACCACGUCUUAUCGACUUUGCCCCCGUCAACAUGGACAGGAGUUCUACACAGUUCUGAAACCACCAUGGUUUUUGGUUUGACUAUGGUUCCCAAUCGGAACUUUACCUUAGAAGAAGAACGACUGGCCAUGGAAAUGAUGCGACUCUGGACCAACUUUGCAAAGACAGGAAACCCCAACGACCCUGGAAGCGAGACAUGGCCAGUCUUCAACCAGACUGACCAGUCCUACAUUGUGCUGGACACACAGCCGGUCCGAGUUGCGCAGUGGCCCCGGGCCAGGCCGUGUGCCUUCUGGCGGGAGUACCUCUGGCAACUGCAGGAACAGACAGACGGUCUUCUGUGGAAACCAGCGGCAGCUGCUGGCGGAGUCCAGGUUUCCCUGCCCAGCCUGCUGUACAUACAUGUCGGUCUGGCAAUCCUGCAGCUGGUCAACAAUCACUAGCCUUAUGAUAGCUAAGGAACCUUUGUUAAAAUCGUUUCCCAGUAGUCCUUGCUAAAACUCCAAGCAUCUAGGAAGCUUAAAUUUCAUCGCUCAAAAGCGUCACCUAUAGCAAUGUUACCUAUGAUUGCACUAUUUCACGAGAAGCAGUUUGGCUGAUGAAAAGCACUUUGC